GGUUGCGACCAGAAGACGAGGUGGUAAUCUAAUUAGCCCUAUCUACAUCUUGUAUGAUUUUUCAGUAGGUACAGUUACAAUGCUAGCAUCAUCUCCUCCGAUGCUGAUUAAUGCAGCAGCGGCUGGAGUUCACGUUCAACUUCAACCAGCUCAAGUGCAAAUGAAUAAAAUGAGUUGCGCAGCAGGAAGAUGAUGUGCAUGCCGCGCAUCUUUGACACCAGGAUGAAUGCGCGGCCGAGGGCGCAACAAGGGGAAUCUGAGCGAAGUGAAGACGAAGAGGAGCAGCGAGAAGAUCUCACUGCUGCUAUUGCGCCCCGGGCGUCUUCCGAGAAAAUCUCGCGUCUUCCUGUCGCUCUCCCUUUAGUCCUUCUCUCCAAGCAGAAGGAGAAAGCGACGAAGACUUCUGCCUGGUGCUGCAACAUCCACCAACGGCGAUGUGGUCCUUGCAACGGCGGAACAAGAUCAAUUUUCAAGCGAAGCUACGAAAAAUGCUCCGACAUGAUCGUGGUAUCCAGUUCUUGUUCAUCCCUCUGCGUGCGUGGUCUUCUUGCGCGGCCGUUGUUCACUCUUUCUAGCCGCUGGUGGUGGUGGUCGAAAGGAAAGGCUGGAGGAAACAAGCCAGAACUUGUUCUCCUAACGAAGAAGUUUGUCAGCGGCAAGGACAACCAGGAGCGACAAGCGGGAAAUAACCCCCAAGUAGAGCCGCAAAGAAUACAUGCCCGCACCCGCUCCGAGGACGACGCCCGAACCCAGGAAGUUGCAGGGUCGCCGAGGGUGUUGAUGUGCGGAGCAAGCGCAAGCGAAGAUGGCCAUGAGCACGACUCGCAGGGUCAUAGUGGACACGACCAUAAUAAUCAUGAUCUCCCAACAAGAGCCGAGAUGAUGACAACUGGACUGACGGGGGCCACGACGAAGAAAACCAAAACCUUUUGGCGCAAGAAGAAGAAGAAGAACGGAAAGAAGCGGGGCAUAGAGAUGAAAGAUCUAGAUCGCGCUGCAUCACCAUCGCAGCUUCCGGAGGUGGAGCCAGUGUCCUCGUCUGCUGUUCAGGACCAAAAGGAGAACUACGUGGUGGAGGUGAACGACCUCAAGGAAGAACAAAAGAAGCUCCCUGCUGGAACCGGAACGGGUAAGAAGAACACAACUGCAGAUCUUAUUUUGGGCGACGAGGGAAUAAAAUCAACCCAGGAGGUCAUGCUCAUGGAUCGGCUCGCGGUUGAUGUGUCUGACCACACAGCACCAGCAGCUUCGCCGUCCUCACAAGACGAACCCGGAACAACUGCUUGUUCUGGAUCUAGUACAUAUUUUUCAUCUGCUGAAACAACUACUACCCCAUCCUCCAGAACAACAACGCCGGCGGCACUGCAGGUCGUGGCAUCACCACUUCUUGAUGUUGGCGACAGCUGCUCAAUCCACAGCCAAAGUUUUUGUACAAGUAAGAGUAACAGAAGACGGAAGAACAAAAAAGCCGGGACGAAUGGUAAAACAACUACAGGAAAUAAUAAAACUUGCGCGCAUCUUCGCGUGAAGAGGAGCUCCUGCAGCGGCUUGACGGUGAUGAUGAAAAACAUCAACUUUUACAAGGAGAAAAUUGAAAAAACCGUGAAAAACACGGUGAAGAUGCCAAUGCGGUUCUGGCUUCUCCAGAAAUUUGUCUGCACCCCCACCAUUUGCCCAACAUUGGUUGCGCUUGCGACCCCCCCUAGCCCCGGACAGGAAGGUCCGGCCCGGACUCCGGGGUUGCCCUUUUUGAUCUCCUUCAGAGGCCCAGAGAAAGGUGGUGAAGAAUGA